CGCUUGAACCUAACACUAAAAGAGGAAGCAAAUAUCAGUUGAGCAGACAACAUUUGGAGCGCAAAAAUGGCAAAUGUGCGCUGUUUGCAGAAAGUGAUACGCAUACAAAAGUUUGUGCUCCCACUCAAUGCUCAGGGCUGCUGGCUAGCCGCCAUAUGCAGCAGCGGAACAGCGGCAACUUUUCACACACUUCAUCAGCAGCAGCAGGAGCUGCGUUCAAAAUUAAAGCCCGCCUGCAGUUUGAGACGCAGCUAUGCCAAAGACAGCGACAAGCUUGAGGAGUUUCGGGCGCGCGAAGAGCAACGCGAACGGGAACGCGAUGCAGCCGAGCAGAAACCGGGCGCACAGCCAGGUGCGGUUGGAGGCACCACCGGAGCAGGCGGAGAGCAGGGCAAACAGAGCGCAGAGCAGGCGGCCAAGCAGGCCAAGGUGGAUGGCAUACGCAGCCGCAUAUUAGAUGCCGCAAUGCUGCAUGUGCCACAGCACGGCUGGAGCAAGCAGGCGAUUGUCCAGGGCGCCGAGGAGUGCGGCCUGCCAAGCGUUGUUCACGGCAUGUUUCCCGAAGGCGGCUUUGCGCUCGUCUCGCACUUCAACGGCAAGUGCAACGCAGAGCUGGUGCAGUGCCUGCAAAAGCAGACAGACAAUGGCGAGAAGGAGGUGAACGAUCCGCUUGAUUUUCUCGUACAGGCCGUGCGCCAGCGUCUGGAAAUGAUUGAGCCAUACAAGAGCCAGUGGCCGCAGGCCAUGGCGUUGAUUGCCCAGCCGCAGAAUGCAUCCACAGCGCUGGCGCAGGUGCUGACGCUGGUCGAUGACAUCUGCUACUAUUCCGGCGAUCGUUCCGUGGACUUUGGCUGGUACACGCGACGCAUUGGCUUGGCCACAAUCAUGAAAAUGACAGAGCUCUACAUGCUGCAGGACACUUCGCCGGGCCAUGCACAGACGUGGGAGUUCCUCAAGAACCGCAUGGACGAGGCCGUACAGCUGCAAAUGGCCCUGGCCCAGACCGAGGGCAUGACGCACACAUUUCAACGUUCCUUCAACUCGGCUUUCAUAACGGCGCGAAACAUACUCGGACUGGGCUAUGGCCGCCAUUAGCAAACGCCCAAAAACCAGCGAAAGUCCAAAGAACAGGAGAGUGUUGUAUAAAAAGAAAUAUAUAUAUACAAAGAUUUAUACCUAUAAACCCUCAUAAUAUACCUGAUAUAUGUAUACUUUUAGAUUGUUGUUCCAGCGGGUCGAUAUUUUGCAUUGGCAGCUGCGUUUAUGCCUUGUUCCAAUCGCGAUUAGAGAGAUUAAAGAGUAUGGAGAGGAUUAAUAUUACCCGGCUAUAUUCUUAAAAAUUAUUUUUUAUAAAAACUUUAAAAUGUGCACAUUAGCUUUCGCUCAUUUUUCAACUAAUAAUUAUUUUUUAAAUCGAUAAAAAAAGGUCUCAAAAUAGUUUUCUAUUAAUUUAACAGCAAAGAUCUUAUAUGCACUUUAUACAACAUUAUCACAAUUAUAUAAAAUUUUAAACAAUUUCUAAUCACGUUUGGGUAACACGACAUAAACGUAGCUAUUAAUUAUAGUUGGAAUGUAAGAGCUCUUUAAUCUGUACAAAUAUUAAAUCCAGCUAAACUGGGUCUAACUAAUUAGUGUACUUAUGAUGGGAUGAAGGGAAUUGAAUAUGAGGGGAAGGAUGCGAUAUUUGUGUAAUCUAAAUAUAGUUCGCUUAAUUAAACUUGUUAAACAUAUUAGCUCAAAUAUGUAAGUCAUUGAAAUUAUAUCAAUUUAUUUGCUUUAAUAGAACUGGAAGGAGACAUUCGCGCUUUUGUAAAGUAUUUCUUGCACUGGAUGGGUAUGAAGAGCCGCAAUGAUAUGGAAAUAUCCUGUUCCUAUGGAAAUUACAGGCUUGAUCUUAAUGAAACUAUGCAGAGUUUUUCAUUUAAAGUGUAAGCAGGAUAUAAGUUUAAGGCAGCCGGCUAAUUGUCAUAGAUUCUAUUAGUUAACAAUUCAUUUGUCAUCAGGUCCAAAUCUCACCUAUAGCUACUAUAUUAUGUACAAAUACAAAGGUAAUCAAAUUUAAGUUGGUUUAAGACCUAAACUAAGCAAAUUACCAAAUCAGUUAACUAUAUCAUGUAACAGCUCAAAGGAACGAUCGAUCAGUUGAAAAUCCAUAGCUUAUCUGCAUUGACUUUGCCAGAACAUUUAUGAUUUGCCGCUAUAAAAGGCACUUUUUAGUCUUUUUUGACUAACAAAUUGUGGUUUAUUCUUGAUUUUUUUAUAACACAACUAUGAAACGCGCACUGGUAAGGCGCUGCGCGGGACUAUUGCUGACUGAUCAUACGUGGAAAAAAGGUUGUCUACUGGACAUUGGAAAGGUGCGCUUGUAAUGUAUGCUGCGCCGAGCUAUCGGUUUGCUCACUCCUGGCCCGCUUUGCACCGGACGGUGCCAAUCGGGCGCGCACGGGCAGCACUUUUUCUGGCACCGGAUAUCGGGAUUUCCAAGUCCAGGUGUCCUCCUCUUGUAUGGGAUCCAUAUAUGGCGCUGGAAUGUCACAAUUGAUUUCGUUACGCCGGUUAGCCUGGUUUCGAGCCUUCUCCAGAUGUAGUUGUUGUUGUUUCUGAUGCCAGGCAGAAGUUGACAGCAUGCGCAGCUGUUUAUCGCCGGACGCCUGGUUGGCUGUGUUACCUCUGCGCUUGUUGCCCCUUUUGACGUUGGUUUUGGCAGCCACCACAUAGGAAUACAAUUCGGAUAUGUCCUUGCACAGAUCUGUAUGCUUGAUUGGCUUGCGGUUGGGCGACGGAUAGGGAUACAGGAGCUUGUAGUCCCCUCUGUUCGGUCCGUGGCAGCGAUCCGAUAACUGUCGCACCGGACAGAGCGGACAUGCAUAGGGUAUUGGCGCACAGGGCGUCCAUUCCAUGCGGCAGCAGUGUUGGCACAUUUCCUAGCUCUGUUAUUAAAAAAAAACC